AUGGAGCAAAAUCAAAGUCGAUUACUGGCCUCCGCCCUUCCUUACCUACAGGUAUUUUCGGUAUUCGUCCUAACCCCACCUCCCCAAAUCUUCGAAAGAACCUCCCACCAGCGACUCAAGAAGUAUUUGAUGUCUGGCUAUGUCGGCUAUGCAAUUGCUAUCCUUCUUCUGGUUUUCUUUGAGUCCUACGUGAACUUUUUAUCAAUAAACGAGGAAGUGGUCGAGUACAAGCUGGAAGACUUUACAAAGGUAAUGGGUAACACCCAGAAGGUGCUGCCCUCCAUCAUAGCUGUGUGCAAUUAUCUGAAUAUGCUGCUCAACUAUCGACGCCUUGGUGGGAUCUACAAGGAGAUUGCUUUUCUUGAGUCAGAGAUCGAGGAUGCCUCCCAGUGUUUCGGAGGACAGAAGCGUCGAUUAAGUUUCACAGUGCGUUUAAUUAUGUGGAUUGGGGUGGGGCUAGUAGUGAUAAUGAUAGGCCUGCCUCGAUGUACAUAUGAAUCGAUGGGCCCUUUCUUGAACUUUACAAACAAGACUCUGACCGAAUUCGUCCUAGUGAUGCAGCAGUUAAAGUCCCUGGAGUAUUGUGUGUUUGUGAUGUUGGUCCAUGAGAUGCUACGGUUGCUGCGCCACACGUUGCAGCAGUUGCAACUGGAACUGGUUGACUGUCAAGACCAGGACAUGGUCCAGGCUCUGUGUGUCGCCUUGAAACGAAACCAAAGACUUGUGGGUCAAAUUUGGAGACUUGUGACUGAGCUUGGCAGCUACUUCUCCCUUCCCAUGAUUAUGCUCUUCGUUUACAACUGUGUAACAAUCCUGCACAUGAUUAACUGGGCCUACAUUAACACCUUUAUUGAAAAUGAUUGCUGUACUUUUGAACGUUUUGGGGUUUGUUUUUUGCUGAUAUCCAACCUUUUAUUGGCCUGCUUUUUAAGUCAGCGUUGUACGGAUACUUACAAUAGUUUGCCUCGAAUCCUUCAUCAGAUACGUUGCAAUUCUGUAACCACAAACUCUUCAACUCUGACCAUGGGCCUGCAGGAGUACCUUUUGCAAAUGCAGCACUUGAAGCUCUUUUUUUCCUGCGGGGGAUUCUUCAACAUUAACUUGAAAUACUUUGGCGGGGUGAUAGUUACAUUAUUGGGCUACAUCAUAAUACUCUUGCAGUUUAAAAUUCAGUCGAUUGCCCAGAAAAAUAAUUCCGACGGACUAUUGCAAACCAAUUAA